GGUAUAUUUGACUCUGCACUUUUACUCAAGUUGGAAAUGGGAAGGUGUAUCAAUUUUAAAAAUAUUUAACUUCUUCGCAGUUUAAAUAUUUAAUGAUAAUGGAAAAUAUAAGUGAUGUAACUGUGGGUCCAUGUGAAAAUUCGAAAUACAUAGUACCUAAACGAAUUCAUUACACACAGGUAAGGACUAAGGGAGCAGAUGUUGCUUUGUAAGUUUCAGGCGUUCGUUAUGUUAUUGACUGAUUUGUUACUGUAGACUGUAGUGAGGCUUUGGCUUUGUAACUUUGUAUUUGUUGUUACUAAUACUAAUAGUAAUGACUAAUGUCAUGGUACUUUGUUGAAUUUAACUUUAAUCACUCUGCUGAUAUUUAAUUUUAGAAAAGAAUGUAUAUAUUGUAAGUUACCCACAGUGUCACUAUAGUCUAAAGUGUCUAUACUAUACUUACUUAUACUUACUUGGGAAUUUAUUUCACUUAAAAUAAUUAAUUGCGCUAAAAUAGGGGAUUACUAAGUUAAAGUAACUUACUUAUACUUAUAGUAACUACCACUACUACAACUUAGACAACUACGACCAUCUCCCAUUCCUAAAAUUAAAAUAAUAACCAAAUAAGAGUAAUAAUCUGGAUUAUUUGCUCUUGCACACAAAUUAGGCUUAUAAAUUGUAACAAAAAAUGUAUGAAAAUUGUGCUGGACAAACAAAAUACAAAUAAAUGAUUUUAAUCAUAAUUAAAUAAUAAUAACAGGCUUAUUAUCCUAUGCCCACUUUUUAAAAUAUCUGGCCUGGGAAUAAUUUUCACUGAAGACCUUAAAAUGGACUGAGUUUCGCAGAGAGUGAGAUAGAGACAAGAAGAGUGCAGUAGUGCAGAGGGCAAACACAGUCAGCUCCCAAAUAGCCUCACUAAAGAAUAAACAUGAGACCAAAGCCAGGAUAAUUAACGCUGUUUUUAUUUCCAAGUCUACCUUUACCUACCUUGGUCAGACCUCGAGAAAUAACACUUCACCUGUGGAUUAAAUGUUUAAGGCGAGCAGCUGGUGAAACGAGAUGUGACCACAUUUGCAACAAGGAAUUAAGACAAGCAGUCGCUGCCUUAGCAAGCACCUGUAUAUUGGCAAAAAGCAAUUACAUUUGUUUUGCCAUCUGUUCAGAGAAUGCCUGUCAAUCAGAGCUGUAAUGUAACUUUGGAGACCCCUUUGACAUUCAGGCCAUGCGGUUUCAAAGUUCUAUAAGUCUGGAUCAGGUUGUUUUCCUAAAUUCACCCAGUUUAAUGUGUUUGUACAAGACACAAUAGCAGUGAUAGCAAUAGCCUUUAAACCCUUAUGGUUGCUUCUAAAGUUCAAUUGAAGUUUUCUGAGACGUGACACUGCUUAUCUUGCGUAAUAUUAUGGAGGUGUACAGUACAUCUGUCAGAGAGGCGGAAUCCUGUCUCACCUAAUUACGACAUCUGGCAUCCAGUGCAAACAAUGGCAUUGACAACAUCAUGGCUAGUACAUAGGAUAAUAAUGGCAGCAACCAUUUGUCUUAUUUCCUUGACACCACAUGGCAUGAAUGUCAUGUUCUUAUUCACUUGUUAAACUUUUUCUACGCCCCUCUCUGUUACAACCAAUCUCAAUGGACUUACUUUUCCUCUCUUCUAUCCCAUUUUGCCCAUAUUUAAUCUCUCAGCUAAGUGUUAUUUUUAUUUUAUUUUUUUUUUACUGUUGUUUGUUGGCUGAAGAAGGCUUUUUGUCCACAAGUUCAUUGUUUUGUUGCAUCCUUUUAUUUUUUAAAUCUUCACAUACUUUAUUUCGCCCAUUUCCUGGUGUUAUACCCAGACUUAUGAAAAUCUAAAACAUUUUUAAAAUGUAGGCUAUAUAUUUCAGAAUGGUGCUGCUAAAAUAUGGGAUGUAAUGAGAGUACAUGAUGGGUAAUAUUUAAUUUUUUUUUACUAUUCGUCAUUAACCAUAGUUGGAAUAUGUAAUCAUAAUUUUUAAAUAUUUUUUUAAAAAAAUAUGUAAUCUAUCUAAAUUCUAAAAUGCUUAUCUUUUCCAACGUUAUAAUUCUAAUCUUUAACCAUUUUCCACAGAGUUGCAAUUCUUCUCUUUAAUUCUUCAAGAAAUGUUUUUGUAUUUGUACGACAGUUUCGUCCAGGUAGGAAGAAAACAUCUACAUUUUUAAAUGAAAAUUGAAACCUUGAGAUUAAGUUUACAUAUUUUUGAUGGGAUGCCGGUGAUUCUUUUAAUUUGAUUAUUAUGAAUCAGGCUAUUAAUGCUAGUAUUUCCUAAUUCAUUUGCUCUGAGCUAAGGUAAAAUCUAGACAUUUUAGCUCAACUAAAAGGCCCUCCAUGAGGUAUUUGUUAGACAGCAUGGAUGUCAAUGAUUUAUGAUUUGAGAAGAAAACAGAAUGGUAUAUCUAUAUUAAAACUACAAUUUUGGCAUGGCCAUGGCAUAUAUUGUAAAUUAUCAAUUUACAAAAUAAAAAGCACUCUUUUAUUGUAAAAUAAAUUAUUUUACAAUAUCCAAUCUCUGUAUGAGACCACCUCAUCAAAGAGUCACAAACUUGUAGUCAUAAAGAACCUAAGCUUUUUAUUUGUGUCAGUUUUGAAAAAGAUGUGAUUUUAUUCCAGUAAUCAAACAAGUCAUAGUCAAUUAGUAAGAAGCAGAGCAAGGUCAAUUCAAAGGUCAAUAUGCACUUUAAAACUAUUGACCAUUAUCGCCAUUGACUUACUGAUUUACUGGAAUGAAAAUCAAAAAAAAAAAAAAUUGAGGAGCAUUUUGAAAUAAGCUAGUCUCUAAAAAGAUAUUUUAAAUAACUCAUGACUCAUAGCACUAUUAAAAAAAUCGUUUGUUCCCAAAAUUAUUGUUUAUUUUGAAAUGUUUGUUUCAUCAGUAUUUAUUUAUUUACUUCAACUGCAUUUGUGUGGAAGUAAGAUUCAGUUGUGCAACUUCUUUAAGAUCAUAUUGUUAAAGUGCUUUACUCAAAAGGGAUUUUUUUUUUUUUUUAAAUAAAUUAAUAUUUAAUUUUUUUUUUGUUUUCCCAGCAAUCUACAUCAAUGUGGUAAAAACAGAAAUAAAUAAUGGCAUUGAAACAAACUCAAAAGGGAUUUUUUUUUUUUUUUAAAUAAAUUAAUAUUUAAUUUUUUUUUGUUUUCCCAGCAAUCUACAUCAAUGUGGUAAAAACAGAAAUAAAUAAUGGCAUUGAAACAGUUGAUACCUCUAAAUACCCUGGCACUCUGGGACUUACCAUAGAACUAUGUGCUGGAAUUGUGGACAAAGAUAAGCCAGUUCCAUAUAUUGCUAAAGCUGAAGUUUUAGAAGAAUGCGGAUAUGAUGUGCCUCUAGAAAAUAUUAAAAAAAUAACUACCUGCAGGUACAACAGUUCAUUCAUAGUAGGGAUCUGAAAUGUUUGAGAUUAUAAUCUAUUUCAUUUAAUCUUUAAUUUUUAAAUUGUAAAAGCAAUAUUUCUGGGUUAAUGCCAACCAUUUAAAUUACACAUAAUAUUUUAGAUCAUUUCAGGUUCCUGUGAUAAAAAUGCCAUAUGCAACCAAAUGAUUUGUAUAGUAUGAAAAUUAAUGUCACUGUAUAAGGAUAUAUAUAUGUUAUUCAUAUAUAUUAUAUAUAUAUAUGUAUAUAUUAUCCAUAUAUAUAUAUUACCACUAAUAAAUAUUUAAUUAAUAAACUACAACACACUGCAAAAAAACAGAGGUAAAGAAUUCUUAAACAAAUAAGAAAAUUGUAUAUCUAUCCAGUGCUUGCUGAGUUAAGGUGUAAAAAUAAAAAAAAGAUUUGUUGGUUUCAAUUAGCUGUUGGCAUAUUGAAGUAUUAAAAGUUGGAUGUUCACAAGGCAAAAUAUUGUACAACUUAUUUUGUUUGUUCUAGAAAUGGAGUUGGAACAUCAGGAGCAACAAUUCACUUAUAUUAUGCUGAAAUCACAGAUUCAAUGAAGGUUGGACCAGGUGGGGGGAUAGCCACUGAAGGGGAGAUGAUUGACAUCAUAGAAAUGACACCAGAGGAGGCAAGGAAGCUUAUGUUUGAUGAGACAGUCAACAGGGUGCAUGGCCUUAUAUUUGCUCUUUAUUGGUUUUUUGAGAAUAUAUGGAAAAAAUAAUUAUUGAAUUUCAUUUUAAAAUAUUAAUUCUUAUGAAAGUACUUUGCACUUUGACCAGGUCAAAUUAGAACUCCAAUGUGCGCAGUCAAGUGACUGAAAGCUAUAUGUAUUAAUAUUUAUUUAUUGUAAUAUUUGUUAAUUGUAAUGCUUCAAUUAAGGCCAUCUUCUUUCAUAUUGUUAUUAUAACUUUGAUUUGCAUUGCUUAUCACUGAAUAAAGAUUUAUCUGAAUCAUAUUUUUGAAUCACUAAAUAAUCAUAAUUUUUUAGUGUUGAUUAUUUGUUUCUGGGGCAUAGGCCGUCCACAAAAAUUUUCCAUUCAUCGCAGUCCUGUGCUUUCCUUUCCAGUUGCUUCCAGGUGUAUCCCAUAUUUUGUGUGUCUGCCUCUAGCUCGCGUCUCCAUGUAUUCUUUGGCUUUCCUCUCUUUCUUUUUCCCUGUGGAUUCUAUGUUAUUGAUUGUCUGGUGUUGCUAUCUGGGGGUUUUUGGAGAGUAUGCCCUAUCCACCUUCAUCUUUUCUUUAUGAUGUCUUUAUCAAUAGGCACCCGGUAAGUCCUUUCUAGUAGAUCUUUGUGAGUGAUGCUAUUUGGCCAUUUGUUGUUCAGGAUCUUUUUAAGGCAAGUGUCUUUUUUGUGUUGUGUGACAAAUCCGUCUUUGAAGAAUUUUGUCCCAUGCAAAUUUGAAAAAAUAACAAAUUAUUAUGUAUUACUUAACCAAACCAUGACAUCCACAAAUGAAAUGAAAGUGAAAAUAAUAUCUAUCAACCCAUUUUGUUCUUUUCUCUCCAAAAAUAAAUAUUUGUUUCCUUCGUGAACGUAUCCCAAGGAGCCAUAUAAUGAACAAUGGUUUAUUUGGUUACUUAAACCAGAAAUCCUACAGUGGUCACUGACAGGGUACUUUGGGGUUCAACACUGGUGUUAUGAGUUAAAUUUUUUAACGACACGCCGUGUAGAUAUCAAAACUUAAUAUGCUCACACAAAAGAGUACAAUAGGUAAUAACUUUCUUCAUAAUACACAGAUUUUUACAAAUGCAAUAAUUGACUUGAUGGUACUUGCAGUCAAUCUACAUGUUUAAAAUGUGCUGCCAGUGUUAGUUGCCAUUCCUGUCUGCUGGCACAACUAUACCUUUGAGAUUUGCUUGCUUCCUCUCUCAUGAAAUAAAGCAUGUUUAAAGCAUGUGUAAAUUCGCUACAUUGUUAAUAAGUUAACAACUUGGGGGCUAUUAGCCAGUGAAACAUUCUGAACUCAAAUGUGGUUUUUACUUUGUUAGUACUGUUGUUUUGCACAACCAUUUUGUCAUUAUUUAAGCAAAAUUGAGAUAGGGCUAUAAAGAUAACUUAACUUGCCUAAAACUGGAAAUUAUUACUCUUAGUCUUACUCAAUUGUGAAAACAGAUUUUUGUCAGAUUAAAAAUUUUACUGUCUAAUAAAAACUGCAAGAAUGUACUGUAGAAUAUAAAGAUGAAAUAAAAAUUGUGCGUUUUGGGGGAGAUUACUCUGACCCACAAGUUCGGCAAGAUGGCUGCAAAAAAAGCUGCCGCAAAAAUUGUAGAGAAGGUCAAACGUAAAACAUUUCUAAAUGCACUGAUACCAGCGGGAAAAGCUACACCAGCACCUCCUUUGGGGCCCGAGCUUGGUCAGGUAAAGUCUAUUAUAAUAUUUUUUUUAUCCUUUUGAAGUUAAUAAUUAUUCGGUGUGACUAGUGAGACACUUGUUGACAACGACGUCGUUAAUUAUUAUUAUCAUUAUGUUUUAGUUUUAUCAAUAAGUAAAUAUUACUAUGAUAUGACUAUAAUCAUAUAAAUUAUCUAUAACUUAUAACAAUAUGAACUCAAUGAUGUCAAUAUGAUUAUUAAUACUAUCACUACCACCAGUGGGUCAAAACGCAAAUUCAACAAAAAAUAGUCAAAUCAAAUCAACCUCAAAAUAAUCAUUCAAAUCAAAAAGUUCUGGGGUAACGGGACUACGGCUCCUAUCGGCUACUCAUAUUUAUUGAACUUGUAUUUGGUAAGCAUUUACUGCUAAUACAAAUGCUACUUUUACUCUCAUCUACUAUUUAAUUUUAAGUACUAUUUGAAUUUGCGGCUAGUGAAGAGAUAGCACCCUGGUUCCGAUAGGGUAAAAACCCAGGUUAGGGAUACGUUUAGGGUUCAGGUUAGGUUUAGGGAUAGAUUUAGGGUUCAGGUUAGGUUCAGGGAUAUAUUUAGGACAAAAGUUUGCGGGUCGUGGCAACCAAGGUAAAUAAACACAGUGCUAUCUCUUAAAGUUUACCCUAUUUGUCAUGUUAUACAUUUGGGCAUUGUUCUCCAUAACAUUAAAUCCAAAUAGUCCUGAUCAUACUACAUUACUUAUUGUUAUUAGUGGUAAUAUUUUAGCAUAUUUUAUUACUUAUCUCCCCUUACGUGUGGUUGGUAAGAUGAACAAAAUCAUUCAGAAUGCAAGCAUAUUAUUAUAAAUAUUUAGUUGCCAUAAUAUUUGAAUUUUAAAGCCUAUUUCAAUAAAUUUUAAGGAAUUUAACAUAAAUACAUUACUAUAUUUGCCAUUGUAUGCCCAUGGCAUGGAUUGUUGUCAACUGGAUGUUGGUCAUUUUCUACAAUGACCUAGAAUUGCCUAGGCCUAGGCCUAGACCUAAGACUUCAUUAAAUGGCUAUGGAACUUAUUGUUUUGGUCUAGAAAAAUAGUAAUUGAAUAAUAAAAGCCCAAUAAAUAAAAACAGUGAUUCUUUUUUUUAAAUUAGCAAUAAAUAGAAAUGUAUUCUAUUAAUGCACUAGGCCUAAUUUAAUUUUUACUGAACUUUUCAUUUUCCCCAAAUUAGCCUUGUAUUUCAAUUUUCAAAGGUAGCCUACUAUAUUGUGUUACUUGUUAGUGUUAGUAAGUACAGUGAUACCUUGGGUUACGAACUUAAUUCGUUCCAGAACUGGGUUUGUAACCCAGAACAUUGAAAUCAGUGAAAUAGAGACAAUCCGUUUCAUGAUGAAAAAAAUCUUUCUGUUUUAUUAAAAUCCUGUCGUUUACCUGACAAAACGCAAAGAAUGUGUACUUCAUGUAUUAGAUAAAGUUAAAGAGAAAGAAAGCAACCAAAUAAAUAAAAUUUUAAAAAAAUAUUUAUUUUAUGUUUCUUACCAAUAAAACCAUCAUGGGAAAUGUGUCAGUUUCUUUGCUAUUCUGAAUCCUUAGUUUCUUGGCAACCAACUGGGAAUCUUUCUGCCCACCAUUGUAAGGAAACCUUGCUUGCUCUCUGCUAACCUUCAUCUAUAUCUGGCAUUCACUAAGGAAACAACUCAGGCGAUAACAUCUGAUGAUUAUAAUCUUGUUCUUUAUUAGGCUGACACUUCGCUUAUACUUUCUCUCAUCUCGCAACUCUGACUGCCCUCUUCUCAUACCGUCAGAGCUCUCCCUGACUGUCUGCUUUCUGAGGCACUGUCAAUUUAAAAAAAAAAAUGUUGUUUGUAACCCAAAUUGUUCAUGACCUGAGACGUUCCUAACCCGAGGUACCACUGUAGUAUUGUAGGCCUGUUGUAAGUGUACUCGGGGCCUAUCUAUUAUUUGAGUACCAGUAUGGCCUAAUAAUUACUCUCUAAUAUGGGAAUGAGAUACUUACUUUUGAAAAAAUAUCUCAGUGUUAAUUUUCACCCUUUCCCAUUUUUUAAAAAGUAUCCAUUUCAACAAAAGUAUAUUUAUUGUGUGUACCGGGUAUUUAUAAUGUAGAGAUAUCAUAUGGCCAUAGCCUAUGGCUGAUAGUAGUGUGUUUAAGUUUUACUGGUUUUUUUUUAGCCUAAUAUUGAUAUAAUUUUAUGCAUCCUCUUUUAUUGAUGAUAAGCAAUAAGCAUGACCAAGUUUAACAGAUGAAUGUUAUUUUUAUUGAAGUACUAAUUUUUAAAAGUUUAAGUUUAAGCUUAGUUUUAAAAUUGUCUUGUCUAUAAUAACACUGGUCAACUUUGACAUUGUUACUGACUUUAAAAGGUCCUAAUCUGUAGUAUCUUGGUGUGCUGAACACAAAUAUAACCAUGCAUUUUUUUUAUUGGAUCUCGUUUUGAAGAUAUUUCAUAUAGUAUAGUUCAUUUUCUAUGUUUCACUGUGUAAAUGCAGUAGGACUGCAUCUUCUUCCUAAAUAAGCCUAGAAUAACCUCCAGCAGAAUAUUCUCUUGAUUCAUCUGAUAAGGACAAGGGUGAUCCGACCUGUUCUCCUGUUUCAUCAGCAUGCAAUGAUUCAGAUUUGCACUGUGGUGCAUCGUCAACUCCAGACAGGAAGAACUAAAUGACUUGGUUUGUGAUCCAAGAACAAUGCAGAAUUGUUAGAAUCAAGACUUCAACAAUAGAAUCUUCUUCUAGAAGAUGUCACAAUUAUUUUAUAUCAGAAGGGCCACCAGCGGUUGGAGCCUUAAUUCAGAAAGGAAAGUAUUCUGGUAUUCUUUUCCGAUGCUGAGGGUCUCAUUGAUGCCUUAAAAAUCACUUACAACCUCAUUGAUGCCUUAAAAAUCACUUACAACCCACAAGAAUGGAGACUAUUUGUAGACUCUUUGAAACUGAGUCUUACGGCUGUGCUUUUUGACAAUGGAAACCAUAUUCCGUGUAUUCCAGUAGUGCAUGCUGUCCACAUGAAAGCAGCUACUGAAUUCCAUUGAGUAUACCAAGUACAGUUGGCACCUCUGUAGAGAUUUGAAGGUAGUUUCCCUUUUAAUGGGACUGCAGUAGGAUAUACAAAUAAUACAUGCAUUUUUUAUGAGAGUGGGAUAGCCGAGCAAGGGAAUUGCACUACUUGCGGAAGGAAUUGACUCAUAGACAAAACAAAGCAGUUGGAGAGAAGAAUAUACAGCAACCAACUCUGGUCAAGGCUCACAAAAGAUGACUGGUUCAACAACUUGCUGCAGGGUGAUGCGAAACUAGCACGGAAUGCUUUUUGCCUAGUGUCUACAUACUUUCUCUGGAAUGUUUGGGGAGAAAACUACAAGGAACUAGUAGAAGACAUGCUGAUGUGGUAUCAGAAACUUGGCCACACCAUUUCUCUAAAGAUCCACUUCCUUCAUUCCUAUCUGGAUUUCUUCCCUGACAACUAUGGUAUGGUUAAUGUUGAACAUGGCUAACAAUUUCAUCAAGAUAUCGCAACAAUGAAACAAAGAUACCAGGGAAAAUGUUCCAGUACAAUGCUAGCUAACUACUGCUGGACACUUCCCUGUGAUGCUCCAGAACAGCAGUACAAGAGACAGGCAAAGAAAUAUAAGUAAUAGUCUACGACUUGAUUUUUUUACAGGUAUUAACCGUAGGCUAUACUAUUGGCAUACUAUUGGGUUACGAACUUAAUGUAGUCAUUAAAUUAUUGCAGAUUACAAAAAAAACUAGAGCGAAUUUUAUAUUUGACUGUCAUUUGUGUGUUGAGCACAUACAAAUUGAUAAGAAAUUACUAAUUUUAUUUCGACAGCAUGGCUUUAAAAAAUGUGUUUACUUUGUAAUCUAUAUCAGAUAAUAUAAAAUUCUUUUAUUGAUUGAAAUAGAAUUUUUAAAUUUUAUUUCAUUGUACAUAUCGGUAUUCAUUUUCACAGAUAAUGUUUUAGAGAGGCAACAUUUUUAAACUAUAACAGUUUACGCACACUUUAUUUAGUAUUAAAAUUUAUUAUAUUUUCAUUAAAGAGAAAUAAAUUUAAUUUUGUUACUUUAGAUGCAAAUCCAGAUUGCUCCCUUUUGUAAAGACUUCAAUGAAAAGACAGCACAUAUAAAGCCUGGCAUUAAAAUUCAAACAGAAGUCUCAGUUAAUGUAAGUAUGGUGGCAAAGCCAAUAUGACCUUAAUGAGAGAAAUCAAUUUAACCAAAUAAUUUAUAUUAAUGUUGUAAAGAAACUGUUCAGUUGCACAUCAAUUCAAGUUUUUUUACAGGGGUAUAUUUUUUUUAAAAUUCAAUUUAUUCAUGUUUAAUGAAAAAAGCAAUUGCUCAGAUUUAAUAGCUUAUUAUUAUCAGAAUACGUAUUUCUCUUUAUCCUCAUUUAGCCCGAUCGCUCAUAUAAUAUCAAGUUACUGACUCCCCCAACACAAUAUUUUCUAAUGCAAGCAGCUGGUUGCCAGAAAGGCUCUUCAAAACCAGGUAGAGCAGUUAUUUGUUAAUUCUUGAAAUUAGGAUUAGUUCAACCUAAUAGUACUGCCUAAUCAAUUUUUGUUUGUAAACUUCCUCGCAUGCCUAAGCAAAGGGGCAUAACUCCAUUGAAACAUACAUGUUAUUUAAAAAAUAAUCAUAAUAAAAUAUGGUUAUUUAUAGAAUAAGCUCUCUAUUAUAAUAUCUAGCUGACUGUGCACAAUUUCACCUGGCAUCACUGUUGCUUGCCAGUAGUAUUAUCUAUGUACCAGUAUUAAUUUGUAAAAUAUAUACUAUCAUCAAUAUCACUUUUUACAAUUUAAAAAAAAUAACUUCUACAUCAAACUUGCUAGUCUAGUAAACUUCACACCAGCUUGGAAACUCAUGUCAAAUUUUGAAAUAUCAUUUUUUUUAAUGAAAGAAAAUAAACACAUAGAUUACUUUUAAAGUUGCAAGGCCCCCUAACUGAGCGUCAUAUUUGACAUAUCACCAUCUGGCAUAGUAGCAGAAUUAAUGGCAGAAGCGGGUUAAUAUUCUCUUAUAUUAUUCUAGUUUUAAAGUCAAUAUCAACAGUGUUCCAUGUAGAUAUGAGUUAUUUCUUUUGAUUCUUGUUUUAAAUAAAUUUUCAUUGACUUGUUAAAUAUAUAAAAAUCUUGUUGUUGUCAGUAACAAAAUAUAAAGGUUUGACAUUCUUGCAGGUACAAAAGUUUCUGGCAUUAUUACACUGAAACAUAUUUAUGAAAUAGCCAAGGUUAAAAGCCAAGAUCCUUCAUUUGCAUGUAUGUCACUGGAGCAAGUCUGCAAGUCAAUGAUUGGAAGUGCUCAUUUUAUUGGAAUUAAGGUAUUAUUCCUUAAUAUACAAAGAUUUUUAACAUAACACAUUACUUUUAAUAAAUUUGUAUGCAUGUAAUAAAGAAAGAUUAUAUUUAUUCUUAUUGACCAUGACCACCUUAAUCGUAUAUGGAAUGCUAAUUGUAAACUUGGCUGUGGGUGCACAGAUGAUUGAUGAGACUGAUUCUGUAAUGUAAGUAAAUUCAGGGGAUUGAUGAGGCUUCUCUAGAUGCAGCAUGAACCCACCCUUUUCUGGGAUGUCUUUUGUGCCCUGCAGCUGCUGUUCUGUUGGCUUCAUGUUGUAUGGAGCCUUUGUGUACAGAGGAAUGCCAGGAUGUUUGAUCCUUUGCAGAUUAUUCCCAUGUGUCUGUGUCUAUAUCAAAUGCUUUCGUUUUUUUUUAACUGUUUCUUCUGUCCACCAGCAAACUGCCUUCCAAACCUACUUCAAGCUUACCUUAAAAUAUUAUUUUGGGCACACAGUCUUCUGACAUUCGCACAAAAUUUCCCUCUCGACAAAGCUGGAACUGCAUUAAAAUGAUAAAGAUGCUGGGGAGAUCUGCCUGUGAGAGUACUGGUACCUCAGUUUUUGGGACCUUGUCCUACCAAAUGAUUGAUGUUAAGGAUUUUCCUGAGACUUGACAUAUGAAAGUGGCUAAACAUUCUUGUAUUGUGCUGAUAGACCAUCCACAAUUCAUAGGUAUAAAGAAAGAUUGAUAGUAAUUAAAUUCUAGAGUUGUCUACUCAAUCAUCUAGCAAAGUAAAUCAAUUCAUAUACCUUGGAUCUUUCUUAAAUGAAAGAAAUGAACUACUAACAGAAAUAAAAGAAAGAAUAUUGGUGGGAAACAUGGCAUACUUUAGUAGUCAGAAAAUACUCAAUACUCAAAACACUGCAAGAAAAAUGGCAGAAAACUAUAUAUAUAUAAAACUUUAAUCAGACCAGUUGUAACAUAUGCAAGUGAAACUUGGAAACUAACAAAAACGGCAGAAAACCUAUUUAAAACAUGGAAGAGAAAAGUUCUCCGGAAAUUAUAUGGACCAACAAAGGAUGAAUAUGGAUGGAGAAUACAAACCAACCAGAAAUUGUAUAGUCUAUAUCAGGAUCCCACACUAGUAGUAGCAGAAAUGAAAAAAGUCGGGCUACACUGGGCAGGACACUUAGAAAGAAUGCAAAGGAGUGAAGAGGGUGCACCACCAAAAUUCCAGAGGAAAACAGCUUAAAAGCAAAACUAGGAUUAGAUGGAUGGAUGAUUUGGGAAUCCUAGCAUGAAAAAGAAAAGCGUCAGUUAGGUCUGAGUGAAAGGAUGUGAAGAGGCAGGCUCUGGCGCCAUAGAGAUAUAUACUCUAUUCAUUCAAAACAUCAGGGAUGCACCAACUUUUUGAUACUCUGCUGAAUGGUGUGCUAUCUACUGAGUUGAGUCUGCAACCUUCUGAAUUGACUGAAAGAUCAGCAGUGUGAUUACAAAUACAAUCUUUAUGCAAUUGUUUUGCCAGCCUCUAGAGCCAUAACCUGGCAAGAGACAGGAAUUGAAUAAAAUCCUUAUUUGUCUGAAUUGUUAAGUGCUGCUUUUUCCCAAAAUUGCCCCCUAGACCUUUUUAUCCUUACUACCAGUACUUCAUAAUCAUGCAACAACACUACAUUUUUACCUGAAUGUGCAUUGUCCUAAGGAGAUAUAGGAGAACCUACCAACAUAUUUUUAGAUAAGUCAACUGUGAAACUAUAAUGGAUGAUCCAGAGAUAAAUUUUUACGCUAUGUCUCAAUUUUUGCAUAACAUUAUUUUAUUUUAAUGGGUUUUUUCAGGUUGUUAAAGGACCUUUGGAAGUUGAAGAACUUAGACAGUUUCUAGUGCAAAGGGCGGAGGAAUUGGCACUAGAAGAAAAAGAGCUGGAGGAAUUAAGAGUAUCAAAAAUGCUGCGUUUGUAGUAAAGUUUGAGUGAAUGUUGAUGCAUUAAGAAAGAACGAAGUUAAAAAAAUAUUUUCAACAGACCUAAACAGAGAAUGCUUGAGACUAGGAACACUUACGCAUGCAAUAACUAUAAAGCUUUUAUUUUAAAAAAAACAAAACUGUUAUGCAGAAAACUUUUCAAUGAGAAUUGUGUCUCUAAAUUUAUAUUUGUAAAUGUGUUAUCUCAGCCAUGAGUAAGUGUCUGCAUUUUGAGGUUUUUCAUUAUAUGCUUAUGUGGCAUAAAAAGUAGUCUGAAAGAAUGGAUUUUGAUAUGUUUAUGAGCUCUUACUUCAGGCCUAUCUAACUACUGGUAGUGAAUUUAUUUGAAACCAGGACAUUUGAAAUGGCUCGAUGCGAGAUCAUGCAAUUUUGAAUAAAUGAAUUGAGUUGUGUAAAUAGUGAAAGAGUGAUAAAAUGGAAAAUGUUUCGUUAUUAAAUAUCAUCACAAUAGUUAAAUAUGUUGGUUUUUUUGUGUGUUUUAAAAAAAAAAAAUGUACCAGUGUAUUUACACAUCUAAUGGUCCACGCUUGGGUCAAGUCCUGGUGGAAAAAAGUAUGGGAGUUCACCCAAGAAUCCCCCCCCCCCUUUGAUAAACGUGU